AUUUGUCUCAGCAGGAGAUGAUAAGAAGGCUGUGAUCUGGGAAGUUCAGUAUGGUCGUAGAAUAGCAACAUUAAUUGGACAUUCUCUCCCCAUUACAAGCUUGCUCCUUCUGCCUCCAGUGGAAGAAAAUGAGGAGGCACUUAUUGUUACUGGCUCUUCAGAUAAACAAAUCAGGAUAUGGAAUUCAGAAACUGGAGAAUGCCUUCAUGUGUUAACUGAACAUGGUGCAUCAGUAAAGUGUCUCCAUUUAUUACACCAAGGACUCUUCUGUGCUGGCGGUGAAAAUCUCUCCUUAUGGAACCGAAAGGGGCAACAUUUCUGCACUGCACAAGAUUACAUAAAUUCCAUGAUUUUGGUGAAGAAUGAAUACAUUGUGGCAGCAGCUGAUGUAGAAUUAGUGUGCUAUGAAGUCAGUCAUGAUGAUGACGGCAAGAGUCAUCUGUUACGAAUCAAACAAAUGCACUACCACAAUGAAGCAGUUCAUUCCUUGGUUCUAAUUUCAGCGUCAGCAUUUGCCAGUGGUUCAGUAGAUGGGAUGAUUUUGGUUUGGGCAACAUCAAGCUUGCAACCAAUAAGAAUACUACAUCCUGUCUCAGCAAGUGAAGGUGACAUCAAGCGGUUUCCCCAUAGUGUGCAAUCUCUAAUGUGCCUGCAAGAGCGCUAUUUGUUUGCUGCGGUCGGGUGUGGCUUUUAUGUCUAUGAUAUAUCUAAUGAUAAAGAAACACUUGUUAUACAAAAGAAAUCAGCUCAUCUAUCAAAGAUCACUGCUAUGGGCUUUGCUUGUGAAGGAGAGCUGCUUGCAACAUGUUCAGAAGACAAAUGUUUGAGGCUGUGGGGUCACAAACAAACAUUGGACCCAUGGAAAGAUGGUAUGGCUGUCACUACGAUGGAAAAAUUUGCAGGUUUACAGUCUCAUGAGUUACUUCAGGCUGCAGCAAGUUCCCCAUGGGAGCCAAGUUUACUAGGUGAAUGUUGUGCUCAUGGAGGAAGUGUUCAGGGUUUUCUAGACUUUGAGUAUGAAGGUAUUGUUACCUGUUCUUCAGAUGGAUUAGUAAUUAUCUGGAAGAAUUCUGAGAUGCAGAAAGUGCGAAGGAACCAAGCAGUGCGGAAACUUCUACUUAACUGUGAUGGCAUUGUCUGA